AUGAAAAAACGCAAUGAGGAGUUUGACGACUAUUACGAUGUGUAUGAGGAGAACUGGACCAACGACACUUUCGAGGAACUAGAAUAUACACAGAGCCUCGAAAAAAAUAUAAAAAAAAAAUUAAGUAAAGAAGAAUCAAAGCAAAGUAUAUUUUUCUGCACAGAUGAUAACACCAAAAUGAGUAAUGCCGAGGAAGCGCAGCUAAGUAGGAGCGAUUUAAAUUUUAUCAAUGAGUUGGAAACUUCCAAGGAGGAGAAGGGAGACCUCCAUUUAAAAUUUAGCCGAUCAAGCGAGAGGGGAGGUAGCUCCAAAGGAAAUGGCCCACGAGAGGGGGUAGACCAAUCAGUCGACCAAAUGGAUGAAGACCACCACGAAAAUCAUACAGAUGGUCACCACCCCGGGGACCAAGCAGACGACCCCAUCAGUGACAAACUAGGCGAAAGCAAAAAAACCGAUCAGGAACUAUUCUUAUUUAAGGACAUUUACGAAGAGCUAGAAAAACGCCCGCACGAUGAAAAGGAGAGUAGCUACCCAUAUGAUGAUAACUUCUGCAAAGAAAAUGACGAUGCACAAUUUUUAGAUAAAUUAGAAUUCACCAGCAGUAACAACGAAUCGGUUAACGCUGAAGGUCCGUCGGGCAAUUUAUUUCCUAUGGACAAGUCAUCCAUGGAGUUGUGGGAUAAGAUAAAUAGCAACGACGCGGCAAGUUACGGGAAUGGCGUAGACUGCCUCGAUGGUGAUCCUUAUGGCGACUACGGGAAUGGAGACGGCGCCAAUUUUUCCAACGAGUGUGAUAUAACCCCCCAGAGGAGCGCGGCCUUUCUGCAUAGUGGGUAUAGCAUCUGUGAAGACUACAAAGGAAUUUCCCCAAACGGAAAGGCACAUCACAUGCAGCACAGUAACAGCAGUGCAGGCUUCUCCAUCAUGAAGAGUCGAACUGGCGACUAUGGGGAGAAGUUCGGCGCGCAAACGGAUAGCCCCUUCUCCUCCUUUUUGAAGGAGCAAAUGGGAAUAAGCGAAUCGGAAGGGGGAAGCAAAGACAUGGGUUACUUCAAAAGGGGUGGUAACUCCUCAGGAGGGAGCAAUGAAAGGAACGAGGGAGAAGCAGUGGGCCUCUCAAAUGGGGACAUGCCAGAAGAAAUGAACCCACUUUAUAGUAAUAGAAGCCGAACAGCUGUCGGGAAUUUUUCGUACCAAAGUAGACACUCCCACGAGAGCGCAGACGAUGUGUAUGCUGGGAAGAGCAUCAAAGGAAGGGACACCUCUUUGGGCAACAACAAGGGUUAUGAGAGCAGCAUGACCAAAGGUAACUCUAACGACGAGGAGUCUUUUCAUAACUCCCACGACUACAACCUUUCGAAGGCGAGCAGCAGCCUAAGUUUAAGUAAGCUUAAUGACAGUGGGAAAAAAAACAGAAGAGUCCUUUUGCGUAGUAGUGAAAACGACAGUAACGCAGAUUCUUUGGGGGUUAAUUCGAAGAGCAGCGUGAGGGGGUACCGCUCCCAUGGUGAAGGCAAAAAAAAAGGGGUCAACAGAAUAGGUAGUCACGCCGAGCACACCACGGACACACCAGUUAGAAAAACAACCCCCACCAAAAAAGACAGUGACGCCACUUCAGAAUCUAUGAAGAACAAUUUGAAAGUAAAAAAUAGUAGUAAGAAAAAGGAGGAGAAGACCCCCCGAGGAGGCACCAACCUUGAGGGCUUUCAAAAAAGACGCACCAGUAGCGGCCAUAGCGGGAAAGCAUCGAACAGUUUGGCCUCACCUAAGAAGAACUCUCGUGGGGAUUCUUCAAACGAACUAAAAAAAAGGGACGACUCUGCUCGUAGCAGCUCGGAUAGCGACUCCAUUUUUGCCAACAAGGGAAGGAAAAAUGCCGCUCCAGCUGCGACUGCAACUGCAACUGCCGCAUGCAACAGCAAUGACAGCACGGACAUCUGCGUCGACUUGAAUGAUGAAGAAUCGUGGGAUGAUACGGACAGGGCAAACGACAAAAAGGGGGACGCAAAGAAGAAAGGAAUCGUAGCGAUUAUAAAGGAUAGGCACAAAAAAGAGAAAAAGAAGAAGGGCGAAGCGGAGGGAGAUACCACGGGAAGGAAACGCUCUAGCGAUAAAGGUGGUAGAAAAAAAGACGCGCCGCCUAACCAUGAGGAGCUUGCCGAACAAAGCAACAGUGACCAACUGAAGGAGCUAGGAAAAGAAUUAAACAACCAAAUUAACAAAUUAGAAAGGGAACAAGAUAAAGUGAAGAAGCUAGAAUAUGAGCUCAUUGCGAAAAGUGCAGAAAUAGAACUUGAGAGAGAAGAAAUGAAAAACAGAAUGGAAGAGGAAAAAAAAAAAAUGAUAAAAAAUUUGGAAGAAGAAAAAAAAAAGUGGAACAAAGAAAAAAAAAGAAUUGAAAGUGAAGUAGACAAACAGAGGAGCAUCAUCAUGAGCAAAAGAAAACUAACCAACGAAGUGGCAAUGUUCAAAAAUAAAAUUAAAGAAUUGGAAGAAAAACUGACAGCGGAAAAGAGGCAGCACAAAAUAACUGCUGACAAAUUGAGAAAACAAGUCGAAAGUUUAAAAAUUGAAAAUGAAAAACUCAAAACGGAGUUAAAAAUUUCGGACGAAUAUAGAAGUAAGCUAGAAAAUUACCAGCAGAAAACCAUCAUGAAGUUAGCCACAAAUGUCGUUCAGGAGAAGAUGGUAAAAAGUGCCGAUGCGACGAGUUUGCCGCAUUUUUCGGACUGCUCAGGAAGUUCCACCCCCGUGAAGAGCAAGCCAAAGGGGGGAAGCGGAAGACCGGCAAGCGAAUCGGAUUCGUUAUAUAAACCCGUCAGCAGCGAUGAUAAAACAGUCCACAAAAAUGCACUUCGCGAAGGAGACCCCUCUGUAGUGUCACCAAAAGAGUUGAAAGGGAAAAAAAAAAUUACGCUUAACGAUUUAUUCGUGCACAAAAAUGACAUGAAGGUUGGGAACAGCGCCGCAAAGGAUGAGGCGUCUAUAGAUAAAAAUUUAAAAAAAAUGAAACUCCUUUUAGAGAAGAAUAGAAAUGCCCCAAACAGGGACACCGUAUACAACGAGGAAGACAGCAGUAGCCUUACUACGAAUGAACAUAAUAAAAUUUUUAGAAAGUACUUUUUUGACCACUCCAGCAAAAUAAAUGACAAAUUGUCUUACAAUAGUGGCUUCACAAACGAGGAGGAAGAAAGAAGGGAGCCCCACGAACAGCUCGGGAAGGCCUCCUUUCUAACGGACUACCCCAAGCGGGAUAAGCAAACUGGGGGAGAUGAAAAGGGACGAGGUGGAACGGAACGAGGUGAAACGGAACAAGAUGCAGGGGUCCCACUGGGAAGAGUCCAUGGGGAUGCACCCAUGAACGUUUCAGCGGAAAGGUAUGUCUCAUCCAGGGGGGCCUCGACAAAAGCUCCCAAGAGUAAACCAUCAGGGGGAAUAUCUACCCCCAUAAGGUAUCCUCCCCCAGUGAUAGGUAAAUCAAACUGCAACCUUUCCAAAUCCAUUUCUCACAGGCUGACGAACGAGAUGGGAUUCCAUACGAAGGGUGAUUACCCAUCCAGGGCGUCAAAAAAUGGAAAGGAGACCACACCAAAUGAUAGAGCAAAAACUGGCACAAGUAGCAACGUCCCCACGAUGGGCAACACGCCGUUUAGACGUCAUGGGGGGGAAGGACCAUCCGCAUUAAACACACGCAGCGGUGAACUAAAUAGGAACAGCACACUCAGCGGUGAACUGAAAAGGAACAGCACCAUCGGACGAAGCAGCAACGACGACGAGUCUGCAAAGAAUAACGCAGAUUGGAGAACCCGCUCGAAGAUAUCUCCCCUGGGCAACGACCACUUAAACCCCUUUGGCAAAAACUGGGACUUCAUAAUAAAUUUCAAUUUUGACGAAUUAUUUAACAGCUGCGAAAAUGUGAUCGAAUCGAUUUUCUCGUCGACCAAGAAGAUGAAAUAUAGACAGGCGUUUGUCGAUGGCAAGGUGGAAACGUUAUUUGAAGACGGCUUACGAAUCAUUGAGAAAAACAGAAACAAGAAAAUUGUGGACCCCACGAAUUUGACCAUUUAUCUUUACCCCAGUAAGGACUACCGUGCGCAGUUGCCUAAUUCGUACACGCUAUUCCGCUUUGUCAACAAAGGCAUAUACCAAGUGAACAUACCGAAUAAGUGCCAACUGAAUAAAUUUCCGAAUGGCCAAAUAGACUGCAAAUACACCGAUGGGCACACGCAAAUUUUAUUUUGCGAUGGGCGAAGGAAGGAGAUUCUACCUAACAAGGAGGAAUACGCCAUCCUGCGAAACGGUACGAUCAAAAAGCUCAGUUAG